GCUACGCCUCCGUUCGCGACUGCUGGUGACGCUUUCACACAAAACCAAAGUCUGUAAAUUUUGUUUAGCUGCUGUCAAGGGUGAGGGAAAGCUUGAGAAAAUGAGCGGAACCAUAAAGAAGGUGACAGAUGUGGCGUUUAAAGCAUCAAAGACCAUUGAUUGGGAAGGGAUGGCGAAGCUUCUCGUGUCCGACGAGGCUCGCAAGGAGUUCGCCACUCUUCGCCGUGCUUUCGAUGAGGUUAAUUCCACUCUUCAGACCAAGUUCAGCCAGGAACCUGAACCCGUUGACUGGGAAUAUUAUAGGAAAACAAUUGGCUCACGCUUAGUGGAUAUGUACAAAGAGGCUUAUGACAGCAUAGAGAUCCCGAAGUAUGUGGACACAGUUACUCCAGAGUACAAGCCUAAAUUUGAUUCAUUGUUGGUGGAAUUGAAAGAAGCAGAGGGGAAAUCCCUGAAGGAGUCGGAGCGUUUAGAGAAAGAAAUUGCAGAAGUUCAAGAGUUGAAGAGCAAGCUCAGCACCAUGACUGCUGAAGAGUACUUUGCAAAGCAUCCUGAGCUCAAGAAGAAGUUUGAUGACGAAAUCAGGAAUGACUACUGGGGCUAUUGAGCAUAUUGGCCAUAUAUGGCAUCAAAUUCCUGUUCUUUCUACAAUAAUAAUGACCAACAAAUUGUUUCUUUGUGAUUUUGUUGCUCGGAGUUUGUAGAAUUUGAGCUUCUGUGAUGACCAUAACCAUGUCAAAUGUUGCAUUUUCCAUCUCAACCAGAGUCAAAUUUCCAUGGUGAUGAUUUGUUCAAUCAAGCAUGAAUAAUCGAUACCUUUAGCUA